UCUGAGGCUGAACCGCUGAGUGCUGGGUUCGCGCGAAAUUCCCUGCGUUUAAAAAGCUCUGACUGGAAAUAUACUCACUUUGGCUAAAUGGAUGUGAUUUCGGGAGUGCAGAAGCUGUCAGUGGGGCAGCCAGCAGGACGGGGUGCGGUGUGUCUGACAUGUAAAGGGAUCUGCUCUGGAUUCCAGCCACAUUCCUGGAGAAAAGCCUGCAUGCAGUGCCACUGCAGCCAGGAAGACCACGCUGCCAGCUCGGACGUUGAGGAUGACCGCAAGAUGGGCAGACUGCUGGCGGACUCCAAGUAUGCCCACCUGACCGCAAAAGUGAAGGGUGGAGAUGGCCUGAGAGUCUACAAACGCAAUCGCAUGAUCAUCACCAACCCUGUGGUGUCUCGCAAAGACCCCACCUUCAACACCAUCACCUAUGACUGGGCUCCCCCAGGCCUAACCCAGAAACUGGCCAUGCAGUACAUGGAGCUUCUCCCAGAGGAAAGGCGGCCUGUAGCAGGCACGGAGGGUGCACUGUACCGGCGCAGACAGCUGAUGAGACAGCUUCCAGCAUACGAUGAUGACCCCUCGCACUGCCACAGCCUGUCAGAGGUUGAAGUGAAAGCCAUGGCUCAGUUUGUGAAAAGCUAUAAGGAGGAGGCUUUGGGAGUGGGAGAGGUGGCGCUGCCUGGAGAGGGAGGAGCAGCUAAAGAGAACAUAAGCAAGCAGAAGAAUGAGAAGGGCUCCCAAGAGCAGCCCAACCCAGAACCUACCACCAAUGGAACACUGGAGGAGAACAGCAAGAAGAGCCAAUAUCACUGCAGCGGUUGUGGGGAGUUGGCGGCGCUGGACAGUCCAGUGGUGUAUGCAGAGAGGGCGGGCUAUGACAAGCUGUGGCACCCCACCUGCUUUGUGUGUGCUGAGUGCGGCGAGGCGCUGGUGGACCUGGUGUACUUCUGGAGGAAAGGCACUCUGCUGUGCGGCCGCCAUUACUGCCAGAGCCUUAGGCCGCGCUGUGCAGGCUGUGACGAGCUCAUCUUCUCUGAGAUCUUUCAUCAGGAAACGAAUGGGCAGUUUUGGCACAAGGAGCAUUUCUGCUGCUGGCAGUGCGGUCAAGGCCUCAACGUCCAGUGUGGUUGCAGCAGCCGCCGCCAAUCCAAACCAGUCUAAAUCGGCCAACACUAAAAGCCAGCACAACCAAUUUGCUUAGUGGAAGCAGUAGGCCAGUUAGAUUAUAAUUAUCUGUUUUAAACACAGAACAUGGCAAAAUAUUUGAUAGCACUUCCACUAUAUACGUAGCAGACUGAUCAGCCUAUGAAAAUAUGGUUGUGGCAACUUUAUCAACUUUAUUAAUUAAUCAAUUAUUAUUUAUGGACUAGAGUUUGUCAUUUUCGUGCCUGCUUGGCCAUGCAUGGGGAAAUAGACAAGCCACUGCCGACUUAGUAGAGAUAGUGGCUUUAUUGAUAUUCAAACAAAACGGUGUAUAGCUGAGCUUUUUAUUAGCAGAUACCUGCAACAGUGAACAAUGAUAAAGUUUGCUUUCCAGACACCCGGCUCACUCGCGCUCGAUCUUAGUGCAUCACUGAGAAUUUGUAAACAGAAUGACCCACGCCCUGGUGUUUAGACAUAAAACACACUGCACGACUGCGUCACGCCAUGAUAUAAUGCACUCAUGGGCUUGACUUGGCUAAGAAGAAGAGGUGAUGGCGUGUAGGGUGGGACGUUAGUGCUGGUCUGCAGGGACAUUCUGGAACCUCCAUGUCUGGUUAGUGUAGCAUGUGACUUGCAUAGAACGUGAGAGCUUAUAAAUGACUCACAGAUCAGCUGGGUGACAUCCAGACACAUUAUGCAUGCUCAGGUCGUGUGUUCUGAAGCCAAGCUCUGUUCACUCACUUCCCUGAGAAUUAGACAGCAAGCUUAAAGCAGUGCUAAGACACUGUGCUCUUCAUGGGGUGAUGGAAACAGAGAUAGAGGCCUUGUUCACACAGCACCGUGAAUGUGGUUUGAUUUUUUGAUCCGAAUUUAGACGCUGUUUACACCUUGUAUUAAUAUGCAUCUCAUGUACGGAUCAUAUCUGGAGAAACUUUGGCAUUUACACUUCACUAAAAUGCAUCCCAAGUUUGACCAGAUGAGAUCUGAUUUCUCCAUCCUGCCUAAAACGCUCUUACGUUGUUUCCGUUUUACUUUCGUUUGUUUUCUGUUACUAUAUCAAUCGACAAACUUGGCUUUUAUCAGCCAAUGGUGAAGAGAGAAGGCUCUUGGUUCGGUAUAACUCUAGCCUCAUGUAUUCUCCUUGUUUAUCCUAUCACUUUUGGCAGAUACAUUGCUGUGUAUGCAGUGGUUAUCCUAAACGCUUUUCGUUUACACUUGUGUUGAAUGUGGUCCCGAUCCGCCUCUGACUUCCUUUAAAUGUGGUUUGAACAACCUGUUCCUAAUUAGAUCGCAGGGCAUCCUGGCAGUGUUAAUGCCUGGCUUUUCAUGCAGCCAAGUAAAAUCUGAGCGUGGUCCGAUCACUGAAAACGAGUGACAAAAUCCUCACUAAAACUUAAAAACGCACGUCAGGUUUUGAAAAUGUGCACAUUAAUACUAACACCAUCUUUCAUGUCAGAACUCAUAGUUGCUCCUUUUUAUUCUUUUUAAUGCCCAGAGCUCCGAUCUCGAGCUCUACCACACACACAGUAGAGGCUGAGUUCAGCGUGGUGGAUAUUCUUAAAUUUGAAAUUUUAGCAGAAUGGGCUGUUAUCCAGUGCUUUAUUCAGUAUCUUUCAGUCGCACUGGAUAAAAGAAAUAUAUAUUUAUCACAUUACAAUUCAAUGAAUCAAUUUUAUCUUCCUCUGUCUUCUUCAAGCUUUCAGUGUUUAAUACAAAAGUGCAUCAAACUUCAUGUGAAGGUUUCAACGCAUUAAAUGUAUAAACACUGGUGUGAAAAGACCACAUGACGACUUGGCAUUCAACUAUAGUUAAGCAUUAAUAGCACUGAUAGUGUUUUCCCUGACUAGAGUUUUAGCCUGGAUCAGAAAGCUCAUGUAUACAAAAAUGGAUAAAUUCUUAUUGAUUUUAUGGCCACUUUUGAUAAUUAGCGACAAAUAGCCAAGUGGUGCCAGCCCUAAUAUGCUUGCUGUUCUGACUAUAGAACGUUUUACUUAUAUAAAUUUUACCUAUAUAAAACUUUUUACCUAUUAUAUAUACCUAUAUGUGACCAGUGAGGUCAGACUGGAGUAAUGCAGAUCACGCUUCACUGUGGUAGUUUGUCAGCAGGAGCUACCUUAAUUCUAAAAUAAGUGCAUGAGGGUCCUUUCAGAGCUCAAAAGUGCAUUAUAUUAAUGAUAGACAUGGCUCAAACACCAAUAUGAACUAUUAAAGCAGGAGGAUUGCAUAUGAUCUAAACCAGUAAUGAGAGAGUGGAUAGUCAAGACUGUACAAAUCAAUUACUGCAGUAAUGCUAACUGUUUUAAAGAUCUAUAGUGAGAGGGGAGAUCUUCAGCAGAGCCAAAAUAUUAUCCCCCCAUCUCCACCUGCACAGUGAUCUGUUUGGGACCUCGCAGAUGAGUUUCCCAAGAGUUACCCAUUUGCAGGUGCUGUCAGAGAGACAAGCCAGACCCUCUCUCAUCUAUGCAUGUAGGUAAGAGUUCAUGGGGAGGCGAUUAAAACAGUUCUGACAGGGCCCGUGUGAGGCCUUUUCAUCUGAGUGUGUUUGUAAAUAUUCGACCGCCCUAAGAUUUAUGGCCUGGAUGCGAUCUCCCGUGGCUCGAGCUGGAUCGUAAAGUCUGCUUUCAAGUGUAAAUCGGAUGUUAACUUUCUGUGAGGAGGGAAUUGUUCAGCUUACUUGGCUGCAUUCAUGUGGUUCAUGCAGGUUGUAGUCUUUUAGCUAACCCUGCUUCAUAAGAGUAAUAUUACCAAGCCAUAAACAUAUCAUAGAUGUCAUAUGCUGUCUUUAGUCUUUGUAAUAUUACAGUGUCAUGUUACUCUUACUGGAAUUGCUCAUUGCAGAUUGAUGUUAUGACAGCUUAUGCCAUAUGCUGAAUUAGCUGUCAUGACAUCAAACAUUAUGACAGCUGCCAUGACAAUUCAUUUUAACAUGACACUGUUACAUUACUGGGUAUAAUCUGUCUUGACAGCAUAAGGCAGGGGUGUCAGACUCAACCCAAGGCUAUAUUGAAAAUUCUCAGCAAAUCCAUGGGCCAGUUGUUUUCAUUUCAUUUUUAUUUCACAUUUUGCCCAAACGGGUCAUUGUUUAUUCAUAUAUAUGCCACAAUAUGCCAAAACUGCAAGAGUAAAAUAGGCACUGAAUAAUAUUAAAAAAUACUUCUGAAUAAAAAUAAACUGAUUUAGUAGGUUUUUUUUUUUUUUUAAACUGCCUGUUUACUUAAACUAGACCAGGCACCUUUUCUUUUUGUGUAACCACUGGCCCAUAGACUGCUGUUGGGGGAAGACGGUCAGAAUCUACGCUAUGUUGCAGUGCAUGCCAGGGACUGUAGUGCAUCUCAGGGUGAAACAGGUCAAUAAGAAUCGAAAAUUAAAAUUGUUUUGCAGGCCGAACAGGACCAUGUCAUAGGCCUGACACAUGGGACAUAAGACAUCUGUCUUGACAUGUUUAUGGUAUGAUAAUGUUAUGCUUGCAACAAGUUUCAAGUAAAGUGUCACCAAAAAUAUGUACUCUGCUUCAUCAGCCAACUUCAGACGGUCCUCAUGGAGGUGUUAUAGGACUCAUGUCUGUGGCUUCAUGAAGCAUGUAUCCCUGGAAGUAUGUUUCAUAGGAUGAAUCUCAAAAGUCCACCUGAUGCCUCCUCCAUUCCUCCCUCCUACAUCCUCCAGCCCAUCACUGGGAAGUUAACUGAUGUUUAAGGACGUAUGUGUUCUUUAAAUGGAGGAAUCGAGGAGAGAGGAUAGAGGAUGCUUCCAGAGCAAGAAUCUAUUUUUGUUUGUUUGUUUGUUUGUUGCAGGCCUGUGGUGCAAAUUCUCUGCUUUCACCCUGUUUUUAUUGGAUGAUCACAGUUACUAAUGUGAAAGUUUGAUGACAUUAAUUAAGUCACUGAUGUUGAAAUUUCAUUAAGACAUGCUCGUGUGAAAAGUCAGUCAGUCAUGAGAGAUAAGAGUUUGACAUAGGCAGUUCACAGUAACACACGACGACUGGAUGAGGGGCAAACAUGUUUAGUGUCAGUUCAUCAUCAGUGUUGGUUCAUGGGCACAUUCUUCCAGCGUCAAUAUUUGAGCCAGUGAUGAGUCAUAAAUUUCACAGAACACAACCACAAAUUCUAGCUAUCUUAGCAACACUUCUUGGCAGAUGGCACCAUCUUCCACUUGGUGGUCAGCACCAGCCAAGCUCUGCAUUUGUACACAAGCAAUAAGACAAGGAAAACAAUUAAUUGCUGUUUGUUACUUCGAGUGUCCCCUUAAAACCAACUCGAAAAAAAUAAUUGUAUAAUAAAACAAAUAAAUAGAACCUGAAGCAUCGUUUGGAAAGAAAUACAAUGAUUAGCGCUGCACUGACAUGGGAAUUCUAGGCCAAUGUUAAUAUCGGCUAUUUCCCAUGAAUACGGGAACAUCUAUAAAAUGUAGAAAUUGGAACUUACUCCACUUGGAUUAGCAUAACAAAGAAACCUAACAUCUAGCUGUGUUCUACUCACUCGCCAAAUCCUCACCUCCCUUUGUGUUGAUGUGGUGCAUCCUGGUGGGAAACUCAUUUUUAAUAAUAAAACCGAGACCACUGGGAGAGAAAUGCUACAGAGUUCACGCAGAAGAGCAUCUAUCAUAAUGGCAGAGCGGAUCGCGGCUGAAGUCUUGCAAUAGUGUUUGUCAGUCUUCCUCACCCUAUCAUUACCCAAAUGAUGUUGAUCAUAUCUGAGUUACAAUCAUAAUCAGUCAAAUUCGUUAGUGUUAUGCAACAAUGCCACAAAUGGCUGCGCUUGUAGCCUUUGGAACCACGUCUAAGGCUGAUCUGUUUGGAUUGCUGGAAGUAAUAGAAUCCCACAUCAUUUCAACGUUGAUGUGAAUGUUUAUACAGAUGUUGUAGCCAAACAUUAAGGAGAACAGAAAUGUGCCUUUUAUGUGAAAACGUGACAGUUUGGUGAAGUUCCUGUAUAUAGGCCUAUUUUAUUAUGAAUAUUGAGUUUCACACUGUCAGAGGUAAUAGACCAUUAAGAGUGGGAGUCAAAGUGAAGGUAUGUGAAGAGGUGAUCGUGCAGGAACUUGUGCUUGUUUUUCUUGCACAAUGAGGUACCAGUCCUUAAUUCUUACAGUGGCAGCACUUGGAGGGAUAAGCCUUGACCAUUUAGUGCCUUCUAGAUACACUAUGUCCAAACCUGCUCUUCUGAAACCAAGGGUGUUAACUGAGUUUGUCCUCCUUUGUUGCAGUAGCAGCCUCCACUCUACUCUGAAGACUUUACACUAAAUGUUGCUGUGAGGAUUUGAUUGCAUUCAGCCACAAAAGCAUUGGUGAGGUCAUGUAAUAAUGAUUGAUCUCUCCAACUCAUCCUACUGGUCCACAAGGUGUUGGAUGGAGCUCCAUCACUCCACAUCCCUAUACUUGGGGCCUUGAUAUCCCUCUAGCCCACCCUUGGCAUUGAGGAUGGUGACCUUAGGCUCAUGCAUGGCUGCUCCUUAGCAUCCCAUUCUAUUGGACAAUGUUUUUCUAUAUAGCUUAUCCAAGCUCAAUGUGCACAACUGAAUGCCUGCAUCAGCAAUUGGUGUGAUUUAAAUGAGCUGAAUUCACUAGUAAGACGAGGUGUCUGGAUACUUUUGGACAGUUUGUGGCUUAGAACAUUUCUGAUGCUUAUAAUUGAUGACAAACCAGUGGAAGUGUUGUACUUUUUCAGCUGAAAAACAAUAUAAGAACUGGAACCUUUUGUUUUUGUGACUUUAAAAGCGAUAUAUUAAUACAAGUAUCAUAUUACCAAUAACACUAUUGUCAAAAUUCUCAUUUUUAGCACUGAUAUUAAGGAACGAUGUACCAAAAGAUCUUACAAAGUUGUAACAAAACCAACUGGAAUGCUGAGCUUUGACCGGAAAACUGAUGAAAAACAAUGAUUUCUUUUUCUGUAGGGCUAUUAAAUCAAUCGACUCAGACCUUUGUGUUCUGUCGAAAAUAUAAUUGUCAGUUUAUGGAUGGAAUUUAGGCUCACAGGCUCAUUUGCGGUAAGACUAUUUGAAAUGUCAGUGUUGGAAUGCUUUUACUCUUUGAGGCCUUUAUCCAGUAUAAAUCUGAAAGCAAUUUGUGUUGGUAUGCGUCUAAACGGCUUGUCCAGAGAUAAAUUGAUCAGACUGACGCGUUGUAUUUUGUUGUUUGUUUUAAAACGGCAUUCAAUUGUGUAGGUGAGGUUUCGUGCUUUCAUGUUUGACUUCUGCCUUGCUGGAGUAGAUAUUUUUUGUCUUUCAUAUUUUGAAUCUUCUAUUUUAGAAAUUUGUUUGUAUGCACAAGUUGAUUCGGUUCCUGUAUACAUUCAUGUAUGUUUCAAAUGUAUUUUCUGGACCUAUUGAAUAAACAGUUCAUAUGUAUGAAGUUUCAUAUUUAA